CAUGUUAUGGAACUGCGCAAAAUGAGUACGGUCAAGCAGCAGCAGCAGCAGCAGCAGCAGCUACAACAGCGCGAAGAUCGACGGUACUCGAUGCCACACGGUAUGCACGGCACACUACCGCCCGGGGCAACGGAUGAUCUGCACGCAUGGUCCAUUUAUCGACAAAACCUAAACUCAGACUUUGCCGAUUCAGCGCUCGGCUCGUCGGACAAAUCACCAAAACCCUACAACGCUCAGUACCACCAGCGAGACACAGCCAUCCUCAACCAUCCGCGCUAUGGCCCGAAGCAGAAUCCAAUCAAUUCCAACAUGUACACCUACCUCAAGUUUGGCCUACCGCGCGUAUUCCCUCCCAAUGGUGGCCAACCGAUGGCAAAUGGGCGACCGGGUCGGGCCUCGUCCAAGGCAAACGGUCGCGGUCGUGUGAACCGAGGAUAUCGAGACAGUACCGGACCGGGUCCUGGCUCGUCCGGCUACGACAGUAGCGACAACGAAACAAACCGUGGUCGUGUGCCAGCUAAUCUAAGAAAAUAUCGCAGCGAGUCCGAUUUCCGAGCCAUCGGCGCUACAAACACAUCGCGGCCAAGUUCGCGUGCCCAAGGCAUACCGCUAGCCGCCCUUAAGCAAGCCAACAGUCGGGCCAGUAUAGCCGGCACACACGUGUACAACCCGUACGCCACCAACCUGCGACAUCACAAUCUGCGCUCACAGAGUGAAGCGGACCUGUUAGCGGAAUGGGACUACGACGAUUCGCCAACCUACGGUGAAACGCGUCUCUACCCAGAAGAUGCACUAUACGCUACCCAGAGCCGGCGGCAUUCACUGGCCGGGCUAGUAUAUCCCAACAUACAGGUACACUGUCUGGAUGUGCUACCAGGUUUGCGUGGUGUUUCGCUGCAGGCGAAAGCGGGUGAUCUGUUUGCCAUUAUGGCGACAGCACAACGCGAAGGAACGGCUUUGGUAGAAGCGCUAGCUGGCGUACGGCAGCGUAUGGGUGGGGAGAUCCUGGUAAACGGUCAGCAGGUGAACAAACGCAUCCUUCGUCAGCUGUGUGGUUACGUACCUGCCCUGGACGCGGCACCGCUUGAUCCACGCAUGAGCGUCCAGAGUACGCUUUCGUUUGCGGCUGCCCUGCGUGGUCCGUACGAUCGUGCCGAUCUGAAGGAACGCAUCGAUAUUCUGGUGGAGGACCUCGGUUUGACGGCGGUCCGUUCGGCCAACGUGUCCCGGUUGACACACUCGGAAAAGCAAAGACUGAAUGUGGCCUGUCAGCUGCUGACGCAGGCUUCCAUCUUACUGCUCGAUCAGACCACCAUCAACAUGGACAUCUUCGACACGUUCUUCCUCGUGGAGUAUCUGCGCCAGUGGUGCAGUGCCGGACGGAUCGUAAUCAUGACGCUACAACCACCAACAUUCGAGAUCUUGUCGAUGUGUUCCGGCGUCCUGCUACUAUCUGGCGGACGGACCGUUUACUCAGGCAGUAGAGCCGAUCUGCCGCGACACAUGGGACAGCUCGGUUAUCCAUGCCCACCGUUUAAGAAUCCCGCCGACUAUUAUCUGGAUCUGGUCACACUGGACGAUCUGUCGGCGGCUGCACUGUUAGAGUCAUCGGCACGCAUCGAGUCACUCGCUAACUCGUGGGAUCACGUGAAUGCUGAACCACCGCUUGCGGCACCUGUGGCCAAUCUACCCGAGCCAACGCGUAGUGCUGGAUUUUUCAGUCAAAUCAACGCACUUGCCAAGAGAUAUAUGACGUACAAGCAGCCGGGAUCGCUACUCACUUGGAUCAGCCGGUUGAUUCUCGCAGCUGUUCUUUCCCUAUUUAUCGGAUGCAUCUUCUGGGAUGUGCCAGCGUCAGAUCCGCAGCUAAAUCUGAAUGAUCGUCUUGGCUAUCACCAUUGCAUGAUGAUGGUGGCCCUGUGGCCAUUGCUAAUUCUUCAGAUACGAGAUGUACAGGAGGAUCGCCGACAUGCAGAGAAGGACCUCAAGCUAGGCCUGUACGGUCGCUUCCUGUAUAUCAUCAUCCAAAGCACACUGAGCGUUAUGCCUAGCCUGUGCAUAUGGUUGGCGUACUUACUCCCAGCGCACAGUAUGGCCGGACUGUACUCAUACACAACCAACAACGAUACUGGCAUUUAUCUUUAUAUGGGUUACAUGCUGCUCUAUCUAAUGGCCAUACAAACGAUCGUGCUCUUCAUUGCCCACCUGGUCCCGUGUGGUAUCACCGCCACGAUAGUCACCACUCUCGUCCUAAUGCUGAUGGCAGCCGUUGGAGGCUUUGUCGUGCAUGUGGCGAACGUUCCCGACUACUUGCGAUGGAUGGAGUUAGUGACACCACAGAAAUGGCUAACGCCAUUGCUUACCGAGAACGAGUACAGUGCGGAAACGUUGAUGAGCAUCACCAGCCAGCAACAGUGUCGAAACAAACAGGUUCAGUACACAGAGAUAAUCGUACAGCAACCGUGCCCACCACCGAACGGUACCUUCGUACUUGCCGACCAUCAACUAUUGCCCCGAGACCACGUGCUAGAUGCGAGUGACAUGUACACAUCCACCGUUCUGGGACUGCUGCUCACCUGUAUCGUAUUUUUCGCGCUUACCAUGUUCGUCUUCCUACUCAACUGCCAGUCGCUGCUGCGAAAGAAAGACAAGGGCCGAUCUGGGAAGCACACGUAAGGCAAAGUCUUCCAUCCCG